ACAGGAAACGUGUUGAGAAGCAAAGCCGAGCUUGCUGAUCGGGGAAGAAGUAAAGCAGGUUUUAAUGAUAUUUACUCUCUGUGCUAAGACGUCUGUAACGUUGCCUAACUUGUCGCUUGGCGAGCUAGCAACAACAGCGUGUAGCUUUUAUAUAUGUUUUGCCCAUAACGGUGAUUAAAAACAAGGCAAGAAAGAUGUGUGAGGAUGUUUAUUUGAGCCUAAGCCACACAAGAGAAUCCUGAUCCACAUAAGGAGUUUUAUGACUGUCGAUGAGCAUUCCUGAAAGGAUCAGCCACCCAUGAUUGAGUUUAUGGUCAAGGCCGUAUAGAUUUAUUUGAGUUGAUAGGUGGUUCUGGAGAUCGAGGGAACAUGGUGAACCCGGCAGACAUUUUUAUCGCAACUGCCCAGAAGUUCCUGAGUUGUGGGAAUAAAAAGAAACGACUUCCUCCAUCAUCAUGCCUUGAUUUAGCUGUCCAGAUUUUAGCAGUGAACCUGGGACUUAAACCAGCCGUUUUGUACGACAGCAACGCUGCAUCUGCGGAACAAAUCUUGCACUAUGUGAACUCGCUACAGGAGAUGGGAUUGCUGUCUAGAGCGCUGCAGAUCGUCUCCAUCGAUGGGAACACUCUUGUUGUGAACUCUGGGCUGAUGAAGUCACACCUGGCAGACCUGCUCCAGAAAAGGAGUCUUAUCACUGUUGAUGUUUGUCCAUGGAGAGAGCAGCCAACCCUGAGUGGCAUGGGGGGUAAAACUGAGGACAUGGUCAAAGACAUCUUGGCAUUUUUGAGCAAAGAAGAGACGCAUUCUUCGGUCAGUGUGUUGGGUGAGGUGCUGUAUAGUCAGUGGAACCUGUGCACUCUUUUUGGGGUCCUUCUGGGAUAUCCUGCUUCUUACUGGUUUGAUCAGGCCCAGGGCUUUGAGAACUGUCUGAGUAUGACACCACUGGUGGUGAACAAAGUUUGGGUAUCCUGGCAAACAGCUGAUGGAAAGCACUGCAGUUGUAUCUCCUCUUUCAGUGUUCCUGAAAUACUGUGGUCAGAAACCUACACUCACAUAGAGCAGUGGAAUGAGCUUUUGAGACAGAGAUUUAGCAAACAAGCUGUUUUGUCUGAGCUCCAUUUUUCAAAGGAAACAGUUGUUUUGCCCUUUGUAACUUUGUGAGUGCUUUUUAAGUUCCCUACACAUUUACUUGAACCUUCAGUUGACUUCAAGGCUCUGUAUUAAUAAUCAGACAUUUUUUUAAAUACAUAUUAAAAAAUUUAUUUCUAAGGUAACAACAUCUGAAAGAUGAGACAUCUUCCCUGCAUUACAUGGCAGCAUUCAAUAAUGGAGAACAUUUUAGUUCCUCUCAGAAUACAUAUAGUAACCUUAAGGUUUCAGUAGAACUCAAUGAGAUACUGACUGAAAAAUAAAAUAUGCUAAGUGAUUGAUCUGAGAUUAUGUAAUCCAUAUUCCCACUUAAUGUAAAUGCUACACAACUGUGUUAUGACUCUACAAUAAAUAUAUAUUUUACAUGUUUAAUCUCUUUAAACACUUCAAAA